AUGUAUAUCGGGGUAUUAAGCAUAAUUUUUAUAAAUUUAGUUUUUUGUUUUUUUGUUGCAUCUUCAGGGAGAGAUUUUUAUGCUAUUCUGCAAGUGUCAAAGAGUGCAAACACAAAUCAAAUUAAAAAAGCCUAUAGAAAAUUAGCCAAAGAACUGCAUCCGGACAAAAAUAAAGAUGAUCCAGAUGCAGCAUCAAAGUUUCAAGAUUUGGGUGCAGCCUACGAAAUCUUAUCCGAUCCAGAUAAGAGAAAAAAGUAUGACAUGUGCGGAGAAGAAUGUGUCAAAAAAGAUGGUAUGAUGGAUGGAAUGGAUCCCUUUGCAAGCUUUUUCGGAGACUUUGGUUUUCAUUUUGGAGGAUCUGAUGAAAGGCGAGAAACUCCUAAAGGUGCCAAUAUUGUUAUGGAUUUCCAAGUAACAUUAGAGGAACUUUAUGUUGGGAAUUUUGUCGAGAUUACUAGAAAUAAACCAGUUAUUAAGCCAGCCAAAGGUACUAGAAAAUGUAAUUGUAGACAGGAAAUGGUUACCAGAAACUUGGGUCCUGGAAGAUUUCAGAUGAUUCAACAAACUGUUUGUGAUGAAUGUCCCAAUGUAAAGUUGGUCAAUGAAGAAAGGCAAUUAGAAGUUGAAAUUGAACCUGGAAUGGUAGACAAUAAGGAAACAAGGUUUAUUGCAGAGGGAGAACCGCACAUUGAUGGUGAACCUGGGGAUUUAAUUAUCAAAAUCAAAACAUUGCCACAUCCUACCUUUGAAAGGAAAGGAGAUGACUUAUACACAAACAUGACUAUUAGUUUACAAGAUGCACUUAUAGGUUUCACAACAGAAAUUGAACAUUUAGAUGGUCACAAAGUCACAAUAUCCAGAGAUAAAAUAACAUGGCCUGGAGCGAAAAUAAAGAAAAAGGGAGAAGGAAUGCCCAACUAUGAUAAUAAUAACUUACACGGGACUUUGCAUGUUACAUUCGAUGUUGAAUUUCCUAAAAGUGAAUUAUCUGAAACUGAAAAAGAAUCUAUAAAGAAAAUAUUAAAUCAAAAAUCUAUUAAUAGGGUGUAUAAUGGUUUAAGAGGAUAUUAA